AUGGACGACGAUGACUUUGGCGCGGACCCCGACUUCUUGAGCGCCUUGGCAUCCUCUGCAGGCGGGCAAACCACGGGACAGAGCAGACAGCCGGCGGCGAGCCGCGUCCAGCAGCCAACACCGCAGAGGAUACAGCAACCCACGCCUCAGAGGUUGGACAAAGCGCCACCGUCCAACACUUCGGGCUCCAAGAUCGUGCAACCGACACCGCAAGCCCUGCCCCAGAGGUCUUCGGGGUCUUCGAUUCUGGUAUCCCCGCGUCAGAAGGGAAAUCCCGUUCUGGCAGCCCUCCGGUCUCUACCAUGGGAGUAUAGUGACAUUCCGGCCGACUACGGCCUCGGCUUGACGACGUGUGCGCUCUUCCUGAGUCUCAAGUACCAUCGUCUGCACCCAGAGUAUGUCUACACGCGCAUAAGGAACUUGCAGGGCAGAUAUAACCUAAGGAUCCUCCUGACCAUGGUGGACAUACCGAAUCACGAGGACACACUGCGGGAGCUGUCCAAAACAUCACUGGUCAACAAUGUCACCAUCAUACUGUGCUGGUCGGCCGCCGAGGCAGCCCGCUAUCUUGAGCUCUACAAGUCGUACGAGCAUGCGAGUGCUGCCGGCAUCAAGGGGCAGCAAGCUACGAGUUACUCCGAGAAGCUCGUUGAGUUUGUCACGGUGCCCAGGGGUAUCAACAAAGCCGAUGCAAUCUCCCUGGUGAGCGCGUUCGGGAGCGUUCGAAAUGCUGUCAAUGCGGAGGCAGAGCAGGUCGCCGUCAUUGGAGGCUGGGGUGAGAAAAAGGUCAAGAGAUGGUGCAGCGUGGUUGAGGAGCCUUUCAGAAUCCAGCAGACCGGCAAACGGCAACUCGUCACCAGCGAGAGUAGCAAUGCGAUCGAUCAGGCCAUGCCGCUAAGCAAGGUGCCCCUCAGGGACAUGCCGUCCCUCUCGGCAAGCGCCUCGAGAGGUAGUGAAACUCCCCUUUUACAGCAGCAGAGAGGCACGUCUCAAGGGGAGAGAGGCACGUCUCAAGGGGAGAGAGGCACGUCUCAAGGGGAGAGAGGCACGUCUCAAGGGGAGAGAGGCACGUCUCAAGGGGAGACAGCCCACCGGCAAAUUGUGGAUGCCAAUACCAACGGCGACGACGAAGAAGAAGCAAUGAUCGCAGCAGCGAUUGAGGAGUCGAAAAAGACUGCGGCGUUGGAGAGGUCGUCAGAUGCACAACCGGAGGACCAGCUCAGUGAAGGAAUCGCUGCAGCAUUGGCCAAGCUCAGGGACAAGGGGUAG